UUACAGGAUCGACACGUCACACGCAAUGGCGACACUGAGCCCGUUGUCGACCCUUCGCAGGACUACAUGCUGAUGCUGGGCUAUGAGAAUGCCACACACACCGUCCUCCGCUUUCGACGCAAGUUGGACACAUGCGAUGCCAGCCAUGACAUCGCCAUAACGAACGACACGAUGCGUUUGCUGUACAUGUAUCACGCACAGGAUCCACCGCACGGCUCGUUGCGUCCCGGCACGCUGCCCGAUCCGGGGCAAGCCUUUCGUCCUUACCGACCGAUGGUGCUGAUGCAACGGGCCCAGCUGCAGUUGCCAACGCCGCAUGAUGAGCGCGUUCGUGUGCUGGAAUUGCGCAAUGAGGACGUGGAGCUGCCUGCGGGCGAUACGCCACUAUUUUGGUGCAAAAUGUUCAAGCUGGAGGAUAUCAAUCGCAAGCAUCAUCUCAUCCGGUACGAGCCGAUUUAUGAUUCAUCGUCCAGCGUACACUACUUGCAGCACAUAACGCUCCACGAAUGCCAAGGCUCGCACUCGGAGCUGGAGGAGCUGGCACGCGAACAGGGCAGGCAGUGCAUGGGCGCCCGUUCCAUACCGCUGGCAUGCAAUGCCAUUGUUGCCUCCUGGUCGCGGGGCAGUGAGGGCUUUACAUAUCCACAUGAAGCCGGCUACCCGAUUGAGUCGCGACAGGCCAAAUAUUAUUUAAUGGAGACCCAUUACAACAAUUUGAAGCCGGACUUUGCCCAAUUGCAUGCCAGACAAAUGGCGGAUAAUUCGGGUUUGAAAAUCUACUUUACGCACGUGCUGCGACCAAAUGACGCUGGCAUAUUGUCAAUCGGCAUGGAUCCCAACUGGCGCCACAUUAUACCGCCGGGACAGAAGCGCGUGAUAUCCGAGGGCCAGUGCAUUGAGGACUGCACCGGGUAUGCCUUCCCCGCACCGGGCAUCAACAUUUUUGCGGUCAUGAUGCGCACACAUCAAAUCGGCAAGGAGGUUAAGCUGCGCCAGAUACGACAAACCGAGGAGCUUCCGCCAAUUGCACACGACAGCAAUAUAGAUGUGGCCUAUCAGGACUUUCGACGUUUGCCACAGUCGGUGCAUUCCAUGCCCGGCGAUAGACUCAUCGCCGAAUGCAUUUAUGACAGUUCGUCACGAAAGGCAAUUACCCUGGGUGGACUCACAAUGAAGGAAGAAAGCUGCACCGUGCUGACACUUUACUAUCCACGCCAAAAGAAACUGACAACGUGUCACUCACUACCCAGCCUGCCCACAGUGUUGCAUUCCCUCGGCAUCGAACAACUCGCAACCGACUCAAAUCCCGUGCUGAUUUCAUCACCGCCCGAAUUGGCUGGGAUGACUUUGGAGGCACGUCUGAUAUCCUACGAUUGGGAAAAUCAAUUUGGUGAAUUUCAAGAGGCCACACGUAAAGGCAGCUUUAAGCCCAUCUGCUGGGGAGCCAAGAAUCAUGUGGUGCCGGGCUCCGAGUUCCUCGAGGGCUACAGUAUAAAUGUGACCAAAACCUAUAAGAAGCACAAGCGCUGCAAGCCCAAACGACUCUUUGCGCCCAUCACGGAGCGCACCUCGCCGGCAUCGGAUCUCAGUGAGUUGCCGGUGCUCCAUGAACUGGACAACAACAACAUCAUCGAGGGAGCGGCGCGCAGCAGUCGCAGUUCGGCGACUGAUGGACAUGGGGGUGCAUUGAGCGUUGCCACCAGGACCAAUUGUGGCCAGCUGAGCAGCUGUCUGCUGUGGUUGUGGCUGGGCGCCUCAUCCUGGUGGCUGGUUCUGCUGCUCAGGACGUGAGCAGGGGCAGAAGCAGGAGCAGCAAUAGUCGCAUCCAAUGGCACAGCAGAGCGAAGCAGCAGCAGCAGCAGCAUCACAGGCACCACCGUCUAACUACACUAUAUAAAUACUUAAAGCAAAAACAAAAACAAAAACAAAACAAAACAAAAAAACAAGAAAAGAAGGCAACUACAACUCUUUAACUAUAAAUGACAGCUCUUAAUCCUACCACAACACAAGUACAGACAACAACAAGAAGCAACACACAAGAAAA